AUGAAAUUAUUACGAUUUCUAGAGAAGAAGCACCGCACCGACAAAAAAAAAGACAUUUCUCUCCCGCCUAAUCCUUUUUUGAUUGGAAGGCUUAAACAUAAAAAAGAGUUCCAACUCUUGUGUUGUGGUGACAUAGAAAAACCAGAACAAGAGUCUUUGAGCCUCAAUGAGAGCUGUAUUUAG